GGCAGCGGCGGACGGACGAGGCUCAUUACUUCAAGACAUUUGCCGCUGACCACAACUAACUACCGACAGCAGCCCGGCCAUGGACUGCACCAUCUGCAUGGAGGACUACGACCAGGAGCAGCGGGCUCCCAAGAUUUUGCCGUGCGGGCACACCGUGUGUCUGCAGUGCCUGCAGGGGUGUGCACAGGGCAGCCGCAGGCAGAGGUGCCCGACGUGUCGCGCGAUUUUUAAUGUGUCUCCCACAUCCCUCCCGAACAACUUCGAUCUCUUGCGGCUAAUCGACCAACGCGCUGACGCCAGGGCUCCCCUUGGCUGGUGCUCGGACUGCCGCGCCGCUGCCAUCCGCCAGUGCUGGGACGAGCACGACGUUCUGUCCGUCAAGAGAGCUCUAAAGCACCACCUAACGGACGUGCUGCCGCAGGUCGCUGGUCAUAUCCAGGGACUCCAUGGCCAGUGUCAGGAACGGGAAGCUGUCCAGGCACUGACCCUGCUUACUGAGGAUGCCUGGGACCUGACCCUGACGAGCGGGGACCACGUGUUCUCGGGGACCGUCAGAAACACCAAGGACCCCGUCGUCAAGGCGCUGUGGCUCGUGGUGGCUGCGAAAGCUGGUCUGAGCAAGGUAGACCCCUUGUCCGAGAGGGUCGCCGUUGUAAUACCAAAGGAGUCUGUGCAGGCACAGGACCGAGCUGCGGCGCGGCGGCCUACUGCAGUACCCACCGUGACAGAGUCCUCGCUGCGGGUGCUGGACGUGGGGUUGGGCAUGCAGCAAGCGAAGUCUGCUGCCCUGGACGGAGCUCUGGGGGUGGAACGCCUGGUCGGUGUGCACUGCCACAUUGACCACGCCUGGUGCCUCCAGUUGCUGCAGCGCGCCGCGCCUACCGUUGAGCGGCUAGGAGUGUACAGAUGCAGCCGGGUCCACCUGCAGACGGUGCACGCCAUGCCGCGACUGAGGAGGCUGCACCUGACGGGUGAUGGUGAUGAUUCUGGCCUGGAAGGGGAGCCCCUUGUGCUUCCCGCACUCCCACCGUGUCACGGCGGCCUGCAGUGGCUCAGUGUGGACGUGGACAGCCUUCCCCACGCCACGAUAAAGUCUCUGCUGCAGGCUCACAGCUUCUCACUGGAGGAGCUGGUGCUGCAGAUCGUGCGAGACAGGAGCUACCGCGACCUGCCCUCACUUCUGGAGAGGUGUGAGCUGCGAGCGCUGAGGAAGCUGGUACUGGACAGGAGUCAUAUAAUAUAUAUGGGAUUGGAUAGAACAUUUGUCCCACUAGACAGCUGCGUCCAGGCGCGCGCUGACGUGCGGCGUGUGCUGAUCACUGAGGCCGAGGUGCUGUGCAGCCGCUGUGACAGAGUGCAGCUCGAGGAGGUCUAGGCGCAGAUGGGAGAAUGCAAAGAGCAGCGCCUCUGUAGCCUCGACCAGCAGGCCAAGGUCUCCGGUGUGGCAAGGCAGGAUAGCAUAAAGACUUUUUUUCACUUGAUAA